UUUAAGUUCCUUAGUUUUUCAGAGCACUUCUGCCAAUGAUAAUUAACCAACAAGCUUGAACAGGAAGAUGCAUUAAGAGUUUAAACUAGAGAAGGCAAAAGGGCAAUUGGGUUGAUGAUGUUGAGAAGAUAGUAACAGACAAGGAGAGGGACGAAGGAGGACAAAGAUGAAGGAUCCCUCCGCCUUAUUAUUUUAAACUAAUAAGUUUUUAAAAUAUAUAGAUUGCCCUCCACCACCUAAACAAUACAUUAAUACUAAUUAAUCUUAAUAUUAUACAUACAAAUUAUUAUCAACUUUUGUAUUAUUCUAAUUCAUAUGUCUCUGUCAUCUUCCUCUCUAUGCUCCUGUAAUUUCCCAUCUUUGAAGUCAAACACAACUUGUCACCAACCCUUUUUUUCUUCAUAGCUUUAUAGUGUCGUUUUUUAUGCUCUUUCGCUGACAAAGAUUCCUCUAGGAUCAAGUCCUGAAAAGGUUUUGCAGGAUUUUAUGUUUUGGUUGUGAUCAAGUUUAUGCUUGGUGGAAGUUUACUGAGAGGCAAGUUGAUUCGAUUAUGAAUUUGUUAACUCAGUGGGGCCUGUGCCAUUUAAGAAGAGAUGAUGAUGGAGGGAUUGGAAAGUAGAUUUUCAAGACUUGUUGAAUGUUUCACAAUUUGCCUUAUUAUUCUGAUAGGAUCUACUUGUGCACAAAAAGGCAUUUUGAGUAUAGCAUGCUGUGCUGAUUCAAGUUCUAGCAACAGAAAUAUAAGUUGGGUACCCGAUGAUAAUUGGUUUCCUGAUCACACAAGUUGUAGAAGAAUUACUACACCUGUGGUACACUAUGCAACUUAUGAUAAAGUUCGUGCUUUCAACAUCAGUACAGGGAAGAGAUGUUACAAUUUUACAACAAAUAAAGAUCAAGUGUAUCUGAUAAGGGGCACAUUUCUUUAUGGGGAUAGAGAAGGGACACCUCUGGGAUCAUCUAUCAAUGUUUGGUUUGGUGUCACACCCUUAAGUGUGGUGAACUCUUCUGAGGACUCGGUGGUGGAGGGAAUUUUUAGAGCUGUUGAUGACCAAACUAACUUCUGCUUAGUGAAAAAUAAGGGGAAUCUUUACAUUUCACUGCUUGAAUUGAGGCCUUUGAAUGAGACAGAGUACUUAAAUGGGCAAUCUUCUAGUAUUCUGAAAGUUGUUGGUAGAUUUGAUCUGGGCAGAAGUGAUAAGGAGAACAGGUACCCUGAUGACCCUUAUGACAGAAUUUGGAUUCCAAAGUUAAAUUCUGAUCCAACGACCUCUAGCAUAUCCUCCAACACCAUUAUUUUCGGCAAUGCUAGUACAGUUACAGUGCCUUUCCAAGUUCUACAAACAGCUUUAAACACCAGCUCCGAUCAUUUGACAUUCCUCCAAACUGACCUUGACUUGGGGGAGUACAACUACACCAUCAACCUCUACUUUCUUGAGCUCAAUGACUCUGUUAAGAAUUCAGGCCAAAGGAUGUUUGAUAUUUACAUCAACAAGCAGAAGAAACAAGGCAAGUUUGACAUUUUGGCCGGUGGUUCCAACUAUGCAAAAGUUGUUUUAAAUGUCACUGCAAAUGGGUAUCUUAACUUGACCUUAGUUAAAGUCCCGAAUGGGUCUGAGUUUGGACCCAUUUGUAAUGCCUAUGAGAUCUUACAGAUGCGUGCAUUGGUUCAAGGGACUAACGAAGAGGAUGUGAAUGUGAUAGUGAAAGUGAGAGAUGAAUUAAAGAUGGACAACGAAAAAAUGGAAAUGUGGGAGAUUUGGUCAGGUGACCCUUGUCUUCCUAUUCCAUGGGAAGGCCUUACUUGCAACUCCAUUAAUGGCUCCUCUGUCAUCACCGAGUUAAAUCUUCCUUCAAGAAAACUUCAAGGAGUCUUUCCUCCCAGUAUCACUGAGCUGGUUCAUCUAGAAAAAUUGAAUCUGAGCUACAAUGAAUUUACAAAUGGGAUCCCACGAUUUCCAGCAUCCUCUGUCCUGAGAUCAGUGGACCUGAGUCACAAUGAUUUUAAUGGGAGUCUUCCAGAAUCUCUCAUCCUGCUUCCACAUUUGAAAACAUUAUUCUUUGGAUGCAAUCCUCAUCUUGACACUCCUUCAACUUUCAACAGCUCAAGAUUUACUACAGACAAUGGAACAUGCAGUAGUCAAGGAUCAACAAAGAAACGAAUUAUCAUUGGCUCUGUUGCAUGUGGAACCACGCUAUUUACUAUUGCAGUAGGAAUUGUUUUAUUUUGUUUUUGUAAGCGAAAACUCCUGGCUCGGAGAACAUUAGACGGGAAAAGAUACCCAAUGACAAAGAAUGUAAUAUUCUCACUCCCUAGCAUGGAUGAUGGUGUGAUGUCAAUUGCUAUACAGUCAUAUACUUUAGAGCACAUAGAGAAUGCAACACAAAAGUACAAAAUACUGAUAGGUGAGGGAGGCUUUGGAUCUGUGUACCGUGGCACCUUACCUGAUGGUCAAGAAGUGGCAGUGAAGGUUCGGUCUUCCACAUCGACUCAGGGAACUCGAGAAUUUGAGAAUGAGCUAAACCUGCUGUCAGCUAUUCGGCAUGAGAACCUAGUGCCUCUUCUUGGUUAUUGUUGUGAAAAUGACCAGCAAAUCCUUGUUUAUCCUUUUAUGUCCAAUGGCUCUCUUCAAGAUCGCCUUUAUGGAGAGGCAGCAAAACGGAAAACUCUGGACUGGCCGACCAGAUUGUCCAUCGCGCUUGGAGCUGCUCGAGGUUUGAUGUAUCUUCAUACAUUUCCCGGACGAAGUGUGAUACAUAGGGAUGUAAAAUCAAGCAACAUACUUCUGGAUCAUAGCAUGUGUGCAAAAGUGGCAGAUUUUGGUUUCUCCAAAUAUGCUCCACAAGAAGGAGACAGUGGCGUUUCUCUGGAAGUGAGAGGAACAGCUGGAUAUUUGGAUCCAGAGUAUUAUUCCACCCAGCAUUUAUCAGCCAAGAGUGAUGUCUUCAGCUUUGGUGUUGUUCUACUUGAAAUCAUCAGUGGUCGAGAGCCUCUGAACAUAAAAAGGCCACGGAAUGAGUGGAGUUUAGUUGAAUGGGCAAAACCCUAUAUAAGGGAAUCAAAGAUUGAGGAAAUUGUAGAUCCCAGCAUCAAGGGAGGGUACCAUGCAGAGGCAAUGUGGAGAAUGGUGGAGGUGGCAUUGGCAUGUAUCGAGCCCUUCUCUGCAUAUCGACCAUGCAUGGCAGACAUCGUGCGCGAGCUGGAAGAUGCUUUGAUUAUAGAGAACAACGCAUCUGAAUACAUGAAGUCCAUAGACAGCAUAGGAGGGUACAGCUUGGGAGGAUCCAAUCGUUACUCAAUAGUGAUGGAGAAAAGAAGUAUAAUUCCACCAACUCCAAGUCCAACUGAACCAUCACCUGUUAACACACAAGACCUGGCUCCUCCAGAACCCAGAUAGUAAAAGGUGGAAGAGAUGUUCAUAAUCUAGCAAAUCACCAUUUCAACCAUUUCAUUUGAUAAAUUACUAGAAGAGAAUGAGGAAAAUUCCAGUGUUAUUUGCUUUUUAUUCUAUAAACUUUAGGUUACAGAAUCAACAUUUUACUAAGGUUUGAUGGAUAUUGAAAUGGGUAUUGUUUUCUCUCUCCUAUUUACCCAGCUCAGUUGCAAAUACUGAGCCAAUUCCAACCCGGAAGAUCUACGUGAAGACCUAACUUCACAAUUGCAUUCGUGCAAUGCCGGAGUUCAAUAUUGAGAUAAAGACUGAAGUUGAACAGUUUUUUGUAAUUAAUUAGAUGAUGCUACCUGUCCAGAGGAAACCUGGACAUUACAGGGUGUGAUGCAGAUUGAAAUUUCUCUCUAAAUUCAAAGGCCAGUAGUAUCAACUCCCCUUUAUUUAA